AUGCCAUCCGAGACGAUCACUCCUUUGCUAGCGCAUCGUGCUCGCACAAACAUCCAGUGGUUCACCCACAAGCACAUGCGGCAGGUGUCUCGGCUGAAUGCCAAACAGCAUCGAGUCAACAUGAUGACGGCGGAGAACUGGUCCAUCCGAGACGAGCUCGUCGACCAGUACAAGACCCUCUUCGCCCAACAUCUCUCUCCGCGCCAUCUGUCCUAUGCAGAUGGCAUGGGUGGUGACGCAGAGCUGCUGCAGGCCGCGGCGGACUUCUUCAACCGGGUGUUUGCCGCGCAUAGCCGUGUGCAGCCGGCCCACCUCGUCGUCGGGGCUGGAUGCAGCUCGUUGCUGGAGAAUCUGCUGUAUGACAUCUGCGAGCCGGGGGAGGGCGUGUUGAUCGAGACGCCGUUCUGGGGGGGCUUCGAGACGAGCUUCGUCCUGCGCUCCAACGUCACCGCUGUUCAUGUGAGGCCUCCGUGUCAUGGCAAUGGAUCCGCAGAUCUGGAUCGUCUCGUGUCGGCGUAUAUUGAAGCGUACGAACGGGCUCUGCGUCAGGCCCCCUGCCGCAUCAAGGCCAUCCUCGUGUGUAACCCGCACAAUCCAUGCGGGCACAUCUACCCACCGAGAGUAAUCCAGGCCUUGCUUCAAUUCGCCCAACGGCAUGAUCUAUUCUACAUCUCCGAUGAGAUCUACGCCCUCUCCACGCUGGAUGAGCAAACCGCCUUCACCUCGGUCCUGAGCAUCGAUGUAGCCGCCCUGGGUGUAGACCUGGCGCGCGUAUUCACCCUGUACAGUAUCAGCAAAGACCUCGGCAGUAGCGGAUUGCGACUGGGCUUCGGCAUCACCCAAGCACAUCCCGACCUGCGUCUCUCCCUCGCCAUCUCGAACCAUUCCCGCGUCUCGACAUUCACCUCGCUGGUCAUCACCGCUCUCCUGCACGACCCGGAAGCCGCCACGGCAAUCCUGCACCAGAAUCGAGCCGCUCUGCAGCGCAGCGCCAAGCUCAUCAGCGACUUUCUCGCCUUCCACCAGAUUCCCUUUGUGCCGCCGGCCGCCGGAGUAUACGUCUGGGCGCGGCUCGGAUGGAGAUCGUCGUCCCGGCCGGGUGAUGAGCCCAGCUGGGACGAGGAGGCCCGUCUGAACGAUCGAUUCGAGGCGGCGGGUGUGUCGGUCGGUGCGGGACAGGGGUAUUGUGCUAGCGAGCCGGGCUGGUUCCGGAUCACCUUUGCAAUCCCGCGCGAGGAGCUUGUGGCAGGGCUGCGGCGGAUUGAACAGGUGGUGGGGAUGGAGGGGCAGAAAUGGACGGCUAUCUAG